AUGGGAGACACCGCAAGAGGGUUUGCACCUGACAAACCUAAAUAUGUUCCUAUCACAAAGCACCCCAAAAGCCGAGAACCGGCUGGCUUUCGUGAGAAGAUCUUGCGAACACCACUGCCAUAUUACAGCGGACCGUAUUCGGUCGGACAGAUGGACAUAGAAGUACCUGUACGACAACCAAGGACGUUCUCCAACAUCAAGAGAGAGCAUAAGCAUGUCUUAAAUCUCGAGACCGUCCUCUUCAGCAUUUUCUAUCCUUCCGGCUUUGGAUCUGGUGAAGGUGUCUCUCCCGAAGGAGAAAAGAAAUGGAGUCGAUCAACAUGGUUACCGAGGCCUCGCGUUGAGACGGCAAAGGGUUAUGGCAAAUUCGCAGGCAUUCCUCCAUGGCUUACAGUCGCGUUUUUUGGUAUGACAACCGCUUUCACCAAACUUCCUGCUUUUCGCAAUGCCAAGUUGGCUACACACUGGCCUCCAGAAAAUUCGCGUGAAUCCGAAGCCGGAUACCAGACGAAGAACAGUGCUGGAGAGCCUCCACCUGGAGAACCAGAAUCGCCAUGUUUUCCAUUGUUGAUCUUUAGUCAUGGCCUGGGAGGAACUAGAACUACAUAUAGUUCCGUCUGUGGGGAAUUUGCCAGUUAUGGAUUUGUAGUUGUGGCUGUGGAACAUCGAGAUGGGUCAGGACCACGCACUUUCGUCAAUUUACCAAAGACAGGUGAUAAAUUUGGAUCGGAGAAUGUUGAUUAUUCUGAUGAAGCCCGAGAGAGAGGCUAUGAGAGAUUCGAUUAUGUUUUUCCGGAAGGAAAUGCCAAAGAUACUUUCCCUGGAAAUGAACAAGGCGUCGACGGCAUACUUCGCUCUGCCCAAAUACAACUCCGCCUCGCUGAAAUUGAAGAAGCAUAUUACGUCAUGACUCAAAUUCACCACGGCAAUGGCUCCCUUGUCGCUCAAGCCAACCUUCGCGAAAGCUCCCCUGGCCGCAUGGGCGGUUCCUCUCGCGGUCUCAAAGGCAUUGAUUGGGAAAGCUGGAAGAACCGCUUCCACCUCCAGCAAGUCACCAUGCUCGGGCAUUCCUUUGGCGCCACCACCGCGGUAGAAGCUCUCCGCUACCAAACUAAGCGAUUUCCUUAUAUUUCCCAAGGAAUUCUCUAUGAUCCUUGGGGAGGCGCAAUUCAACCAGCUGAUUGCGAAUCCGAGUAUCAGAUUCAUAGUCCGUUACUUUGCAUCAAUAGUGAAGCUUUUAUGUAUUGGCCUUCGAACUUCUCUCGCAUCAUGUCCCUCUGUCGCGAAGCCAAAUCCCAGGGUACGCUCUGUUGGAUGCUUACCGUCCGAGGUAGCGUCCACAUUUCGCAAUCGGAUUUCUCGCUGCUCUAUCCCAAAGUCAGCAGUUUCCUCCUGAAAAUGACGGUCAAUCCGCGACGAGCUCUCGAUUUAAAUAUCAACGCCAGUCUGGAGUUUUUAAAAAUGGUGAUGCCGAAAAGAAUAAGUGCGAUGAAUAGGGGCACGAAUGAGAAAUUGCUGGAGGUAAAAGAAUUAGAUCAAUUACCGGUUGUGCAUCAGCCGCAGGAAAAGUAUAUUGCGCAGAAACUGAGGAUUCCGCAUGAAAUGAGGGUUCGAUUAACGCCGCAAUGGGCGAGGAAAUACACGAUUGGGAAGACGAACAAAUGUCAGGAGGAGGGUUGUAAUGAUAAGAAUGAGAGAGGGAAACAGAAGAUGAAAAAUGUCGCAAGGGAUCCGCUGGGACAUGUACUGUUCGGAUUAGAGGAUUUAGAGGUUGGAGAGGAAAUCUGGAUGCAUGUGGCGCCGACGGCGGAUGAAUUGAAAAGAUUUGGGAUUGCGGGCACAGAUGGGAUGAGGAGUGCGGCGAGGGAGAGGGAUGGAAAUGAGGGUAAUUCGGAUGGAAUGGUGGAUUGUGUGGGCCUAAGGGAAGGAGGGAUUCAAAAGAAUGAGGGGGGUGGAAUGGCGGGUCGUAGGGGGAUUGAACAGAGGAUUAUGGGUAAGGGUUAG